AUGGACGUUGGAGGGGGGCCAAGUGGAUACAACCAGGGUCCUCGAAGAGGGGUCCCCUCGGUAGGUGCAGGAGCACCAUCAGACAAAAACUGGGAUCUUGUGCUGGACACUGAGGAAGAUGUCGAGAGCCAGGCAUUUGAUUUGCCAGAUCCAGCAACAAUUACACUGUACAAGAUAACUCCGCAGUUAACAAUCGAGAAGAACAGAUCGGACCCAGAUGCUAGACGAUGGCUUCUCCUUAGCCGCAGGGUUAGCAGCUGGCUCUCUAGAAGCAUUGACCCAGCUUUGAACAAAGAUAUCAUACAAAGUGGUGCUAGGGUCAAGCUUGCAGACGAGUUUAUGAAGGCAUCUCGCCAGUAUAUCAAGGGAAAAGGUCAUGGGACAGUUGUGCGAGCUGUUAUGAAGCUCUGGCGGACAAAAACGACUGAUUUCGACACCCUUUCCGAAUUUGUGAGGGAAGUUAAGGCCCGUUUCAAGAUGACGGUGGACCUUGGAGGUGGACUGAAAGCAUAUCACGCGGUGAUACUCCUAGUUGAUCAGCUACAGGAGGUUCCAGAGAUCAAUCAAUCAAAGUUCAAUUAA